AUGUCAAGUUUCAUGCAUUUAGUAAGACCUAAUGUAUUAGCGCCAGCAGUAUCUUCACAAAAUACUGGUCCAAUUAGUGUCAAAAUUCAUUCAUCGGCUUUAUUAACCAUGCUUGAAAUUGUUUCAAAACAAGUUUUAAAUAAUAAAAGAGUUCUUGGUAGUUUAUUAGGUUAUAGAAAUGAAGAUGGUUUAUUAAUUGAAAUAAGAGAUGCUUUUAUGGUUCCAAUCAAUGAAAAUGGAGAUUCAAUAACUAUUGAUGAACCAAUACAUAAAUCAAUAUAUCAAUUAUAUAAAAAAUCACAUCCAAAAGAAAUGGUAUUAGGAUGGUUUGGUUCAAGUAAUAAGAUUGAUGAUAAUACAAGUUUAAUUCAUGAUUUUUAUAGUAAAGGUGUUGAUAGAGCUUAUCCUCAUCCGGCAAUAUAUUUAAAUAUUGAAUAUUUAAAUGAACAAGGUCAAAUAAUAUCACCAAAAAUAAUGACAUAUAUUGGAGCAAAUAUUGGUCAAAGAAGUGGAACUACUAAUGUUUCAAUUGGUUGGAAAACAACCACAAUCAAUAAUUCAUAUAUUUUUACACCAGUACCAAAUGAAAUUAUAAAUAAUACCAUUAGUGAAAAAAUUGCAUUUAAUAAAUUUACAAAACAAAAUAUAACAAAUAAUACUAGUGUGAGUUCUGAAGUAUCAAACUUAUCACAUUUAGAAGAACAAUUAAAUAAUUUACAAGAAAAUAUUAAAAUUAUGAUUAAAUUUAUAGAAUCAACCAAUGAACAAGAUAGAUCAAAAGAUGAAAAUAUUGAUUUAAUAAGACAAUUAAGUAAUUCAAUAUUAAAUAAACCACAAUUAUUAACAAAUCCUGAAAAUUUAACUAAAUUAUUUAAUGAUCAUAAUCAAGAUGUUAUAAUGAUUGAAUAUUUAACGAAAGCGAUAAAAGAUCAAAUUGAAUUAAGUUCAAGAUUAACAGCAGCAGCAGAAGCCGGUAAGGAUACAAGACAAAUGUAA